AUGGCCUCCAAGACAAUAUUGAAAGGCCUUCCAGGCCUGCAGAAGUGGCCAGAGAAGUUCAAGGACGUCACCGUCCUUUGUGGUGACGAAACCUUUGAGCUGCACAAGGUGGUUCUGUGCUCCAAUUCCGAGUUCUUUACAAAGGCCUUCUGCGGCUAUUUUGCGGAGCCAAAUGACAGCCAAAUCAACCUGCACGAAGAGGAUGCCGAGACUUUCGAGCGCCUGGUUCAGUUCUGCUAUACGGGCACGUACAUCGAUUGCACAGCGGGGUCAGAGCAAGAAGGCGAGAGAGUGAAACUCGACCAUGGCGACGAAUCUAUCGGCAGCCAGUUGGAAACGCCUCUCGCACCGCCAAAAGAGAUACUCGAACCUUUGCGCUCCACGUUAGUCGCUGGCAAAGUUUACAUAAUGGCCGAAAGGCUCUUGAUGCCGGCGGCAAAAAUCUUCGCCCUGGAAAGGUUUCGCGCCGGCGUGGACGAACUUCUUCUCUGGACCGGGCUGCUUCAUACAGGACCCGAAUGGAUUGAUCUAAUCGACCGUAUCUACACGGAUCUUCUGGAGACCGACAUUGCGAUAAAAGAGCCCACAUGCCGCUUGAUUGCCUGGCGCAGACUGGACUCCUGGUUUCUGGACCUGUUGGGCCCUUUGAUGAGAAGGCAUGGGGCUCUUGCUGCUGGCGUCACGAACUAUAUCAACCUCCUUAUCCCCUACAACCAUUUCAGCGGCAAGGGUAAAAGAGGUGAUGCCUUUGGCGAAUCUGUUCGGAAGGAUCUGACAGAGGAUAUGCGUCGAGUGUGGAUGGAGAUGGAGCGUAAGCAGUGCGGUUAA